UUAGAUCCCCGUUCUCCGUGCACGCGCCACGCCGCCACAUGAUGAUCGAUGGCCGUCACUGCUUCAAUUCCGAUCCGAUCCAAACUUAUGCUUCGCUUCUGAUGAUCUCCGAUCCCCACAUCAUUCCUGCAACUACCUAGCUAGUUAAUUUUAUCUGCAAAAUAAAAUACACGUUGUGGCGUUGUGCACUAGCAUGUGCCAGCAUCGUGCUCGACUGCUCCCUCGAAGAAAAAACUAUUAGCAAUCCACACUGUUCUGAUCACUCGCUCUGAAGUGUAUAUAUCACCCUAGCUCAUCAGCCUCUUCGAUCAGCUCACACCUUGCAAGGCAGUAGCUCGGAUCUGGCGGUGCUCAUCAGUAUGGCCGGCAAGGCACUCUCCUCCGCCAUCCUCCUCUCCUUCGUGAUCUUGGCCACCGGAUCAAGAUCGCCGGCGGGCGUCCGGCAGGUCCAGGCAGUGGCGCCACUGAAGAGCUCAUCAGCGACGACCGCCGACGACUACGAGUGCGUGUACACGGUCUACGUGCAGACGGGGUCGAUCUGGAAGGCCGGGACGGACUCGGUGAUCGGCCUGGGUCUCCGCGCCGCCGACGGCGCCGGCUUCACCAUCCCGGACCUGGCCAAGUGGGGCGGGCUCAUGGGCGCCGGCCACGACUACUACGAGCGCGGGCACCUCGACAUAUUCAGCGGGCGGGGACCCUGCCUGCCGUCCCCGCCGUGCGGGAUGAACCUGACCUCCGACGGCUCCGGCGCGCACCACGGCUGGUACUGCAAGUCCGUCGAGGUCACCGCCUCCGGGCCCCGCGCGGCGUGCGCCAGGGCCGCGUUCGGCGUCGAGCAGUGGCUCGCCACGGACGCGCCGCCGUACCAGCUCCACGCCGAGCGCAGCGUCUGCGGGAAGAGCGACGCGGCGGCGGAGUGAACUGGUUUAUGGUGCUGCCGGGACCGGAUGUCAUACGUCAGAUGUCACUGUGGUUGGCCUUACAGGCGGUAUUUGUUUCCUGUAGCUAAACUUAAUCUCUGUCACAUCGAAUAUUUGAUACUAAUUAGGAGUAUUAAAUAUAGGUUAAUUAUAAAAGCACAGAUGGAGGCUAAUUUGCGAGAUGAAUCUAUUAAGUCUAAUUAAUCCAUGAUUUGACAAUGUGCUACAGUAACCAUUUGCUAAUGAUGGAUUAAUUAGGCUUGAUAGAUUCGUCUAGCGAAUUAGCUUAGAGCUUCUGCAGUUACUUUUAUAAUUAGCUCAGGUUUAAUCUUUCUAAUUAGCGUCAUUCGAUGCAACAUGUCAAGGAUCCAAACACCAUGGCUACUCAUGUGGUGUCAUUUCUGUCGUUUUUGGGGGGUUUCGCGGGAAUAAUGAAUCUGCUCGAUCGGUCAUCGUGAUCCA